AUGGAAGACCCGGUCAACGAGAUUCGCGGAGUCGUCAAAGGGCUUGUCGCAGCCAGAAACGCUUCCGAACAAAAGUACUGCAUGCAGAGAUACUUUGCUCCCGAUGCAUCUUUCGACCAUGUUCUCUGCACCGUCAGUUCAGGUCCUAACUCGAGGGAUAAUGGGGUGUUACCGAUCUAUCAGUGGUUGAGGGUCAUAUCUAGGUCCGAUAUUGAGGUGUAUUCUGUUGGCUUCGAUCAUCAGACGAACAGACUCUUUCUCGAAGCAGUCCAAACCCUCCGACCAAACCUUCCCGUCAUUCGAGAUGUCAUCGCCAAAGACGCCCGCAUCUUUAUAGCCCUUCAACUUCAACGAGGUGCAGAUGGCAAAUUCUACGUCAAGAGUCAGCAAGAUCUGUACUCACCACAGGUGCUGCCAUUCGGCCUGGUUCCAGGAGGAGAAACAGCGACGAUGUUGAUCAAAAAGAUCGCCGCCCUCAACUGUAUCAUCUUUGUCGGCAUCUUCCAACUUCUCUUCGGCUACUGGAAGCCAGGUAAAGAUCCGCUUGGAUCCCACCUCAAGAAUCUCAAGUAG